AUGGAGAAAGAUAUGGCGAAUUUGGCUCUCUCGGAGGGUACGAAGCCGUCUGCACCGGCAAAGCUCGGAAUGGUCCCUCUUGCGGCAAAGAAAGAAAAAAACGCCAGCAAAGGACGUAAAGUGAUGGUUGCGACGAACGUCCGUAAACUGACAAUCGCUGCCAAUCAACCCAUUUAUAAAUAUGCGGUCCAAGUCAACUACGUGUUUGUCAAGGAAGACGGAACUGAAUGCACUAUUGAAAUGUCGAAAUCGACGAGAAAAGGAACGGAGCAUGAUAACGACAAGGCAAGGUGCCAAAAAGUCUACAAGGAAGCAGUGACUCGUUACGAAGCAUUGAGAACUGGAGGACCAUUUUUCUAUGACCGCCAAGCAUCAUUAUAUAGCUUGACCAAAUUGAAAACUGAGAACAUUUCCUUCGAUGUUGACAAAGGCAUUUGCAAGCGGCCAAACUUCAAGAAGGCUCAAUUUAUCCUCAAGAAAGUUGACGACUCCUUUCAGUCAACAUCUAACGACAUCAAGAAGACCGUAAAUCCAUGUCCUGGCAAAGCUGAUCGAACCCUUCUCGAGGCACUGAACAUCAUUGUUUCGGGACCAGCUUUCGAUAACAAAAACGUUAUCACGGUCGGGGCAUGUGUUCAUUAUCUUAUCGACACCAGCGGAAUUGACGUUGCAAACAAGGACUAUCAAGAAGGAGGCCUCUACUCAGCUGUUGGUGCUUCCAAGUCUGUCAAGACUUUGGAAGGAGCAAAUCGACUUGCCCCAGGCCUUUUCAUGACACCGGAGAUGAAAACAACUCUUUUCCAUCCGGAUAAUGUAUCUCUGGUUGAUGUUCUUAAGUCCUACCGUGGUUUUGCCGCGAAUUUGGCUUACAACACUCCUGUUGCCCAGCGUAUUGAGAAGGCUUUCGUCGGUUUAGACGUUUCUUUAAACUACGGACCAUAUGCUGGACUUGGCGAGGAUGGACUAGUUUCGAAAAUCAGAAAGUUCUCUACAUCGUCUGUUCAGACCACCUUCAAAUGGAAUGAUUGCGAAGUAAACUUGGUCACAUACUACAAGGAGAAAUACGGAAUCACUCUCAAGUUUCCUCACUUGUUCACGGUUGAGGCAAAAGGGAAGGUUGGAAGGAUCAAUUUCCCUGUGGAACUUCUUGUGUUAUGCCCCAAUCAGACUGUCACUAAUGAUCAAAUGAUCAAUAACGAGCAAGCUGAUAUGAUCAAGAAUACUUCAUGUCGCAUUAAGAUGUCUGCUGCACAGCCGCAUAUCCGAAAAUCCACUACCGAGACUGUUGUUAAAAAUGUCGGAUUGGCAUCAAACAAUAUCUAUGGCUUCAUCAAAGUUGAAGAACCUCUCCAGGUGGAGGGUAUCGUCCUCGACAAACCUAAAAUCAUCUUCGCGGGGAACAAGUUGGCUAACUUGGACGAUCCAAAAUCGAGAUUCCCAACAGACUUCAACAUCGCCGGUAAUUACUUUAUCGCAAAAGAGCUUUCCAAUUGGGAACUCGUUUUUGUCGAGAACGAGGAAGUGAAGGGUUUGGCCGAACAAUUUGUGACCGAGAUGCGUAAAAACGGAAUGAAGGCGACAAACCCAGUCAUUAGUUACAUUGUCCGUAACGAUCUUGAAGCUGUUUUCAAAAGAGCAAAGGUUGCUAAGCGACAAUUGCUUUUCUUCGUUGUCAAAAGUCGCUAUAACUAUCAUCAGAACAUCAAAUGUUUGGAGCAAAAGUACGACUUGCUUACUCAAGAAGUUCGCGCAGAAACGGCUGAGAAAGUAUUCCGCCAGCCACAAACACGCCUCAAUAUCGUGAACAAAACUAAUAUGAAGUUGGGAGGACUGAAUUAUCAGAUUGGCAGUGAGACUUUCCGUCGUCCGGAUUAUCUCAUUGUUGGAUUCGAAACCUCACAACGCUCAGGUGGUAAUCCUGAUUACCCAAUCUCAGUUGGUUACGCUGCGAAUAUGCUGGAUCAUCAUCAGAAGUUUGCCGGUGGAUACGUCUACGUCAAAAGAUCCAAUGACGUUUUCGGACCGAUUAUCAAAGAUACGUUGAUCAAAAUUCUGCAAACCACAAAAAAGAAUCGCGCUACGCCGAAAGAAAUCCUUCUGUACUUCAACGGAGUGUCCGAAGGACAAUUUGCUAUGCUGAACGAAGAAUACCAACAACAAGUGAAGAAUGCUUGCAAGGCCAUAAGUGAUACGUACAGACCACAUUUCACCAUCAUCGCAUCUUCCAAGACUCACAACGAGCGUCUGUACAAGUCUGAUAAGGGUCGUAUUGUCAACCUCGAGCCUGGAACCGUCGUCGACCACCACAUUGUCAGUCCAGUGUACAGCGAGUGGUAUCACGCUUCAGCUGUAGCUCGUCAAGGAACGGCGAAAGCUACAAAAUUCACCGUGAUCUUUACGACAAACCCGAAAGAAUCAUUGUACAUGUACGAACAACUGACCAACGAUCUUUCUUAUGACCAUCAAAUCGUGUUCCACCCUGUGGGAUUGCCAGUACCACUCUACAUUGCCGGACGCUAUAGCCAACGUGGAGCAAUGGUCCUUGCAUCCAACAUGGGACCAAUCUACACCAACAAUGUUAUGGAUAUUGCGGCCACCAACAAAGAAUACGGAUACGAAAACAAGGGACUGUUCGAAACCCGCUUCAACGCCUAA